AUGAGUCAACCUCUCGCUCCGGUCCCAGCAGACGAUUUUGUCUUGCCUGUACCAAAUUCGCGCUCGGAAGACUCGCAGGCAGGUAGAAGAUCUACGGAUUCCUCAUGGUCACAGAGGUCUCGAAUGUCGUCUCACAAAACACCUCCGCCGCACCAGAAACCACUUCGUGGCGUUUGGCGGCAUACAAUUGGGAUCAUCCUGCUCCUGGCCACUGUAGUUUUAUGGACAGCGUCAAAUUUUCUAGCAAGUACAAUUUUUGCAGAUGAUAGCUACUCCAAACCAUACUUUGUCACUUAUGUCAAUUCAUCCUUCUUCUCUCUCUUGCUGCUACUGGUUGCUGCAAAGAGGCUGUGGGCAACCGGCGGAUCUAUAAAGGGCGCUCUUCGUGGACAUGAUCGGUCCACCCACUAUUUGCCUAUCGUUGAAGAGGAGGAGCAAGCCUUUAUCAAGCCUGACGAUGACGGAGGCAUUCAAGAAGCAAGCCGGUCACCGCGUAGCCGGUUACUGAUCGAAGAGCCAUCGAAGAGCUCCGGAGUGGAAGGAAGUCCUUCAGAAAGGCGUCUGAACGUUCGAGAAACUCUGAAGUUGAGCUUUGAAUUUUGCAUAUUAUGGGUAGGAAUCAUCUCAAUCGAAACGAAACACGGCUGA